AUGGACAAUUUAACGGUAACUGUAAUUGAAUGGCGUCAUCCAAUAUUAGCCGUUAUUUUACUUUGUCUAUGUAUAAUGACAAUAUUUGGUAAUAUAUUAGUUAUUAGAGCAGUGUUUCAUGAAAAUCAAUUACAUUCGUCUACUUAUUAUUACGUUGUAUCAUUAGCAUUUGCUGAUUUAUUUGUGGGAUGUAUUGUUAUUCCAUUUGCACUCAUUUUUGAAAUGACAAAUGGUUAUUGGCUAUUUGGACGAUUUUUAUGUGAUUUUUGGCAUGCUAUGGAUAUAUUUGCAUCAACAGCAUCUAUUUUAGCAUUAUGUGUUAUCGCAUUAGAUCGAUAUAUUGCAAUAACAAAUCCAAUAUUAUAUCCAAAUUCAUUUAUAUCAAGAAAAUGGAAUUAUAUGAUUUUUGCUAUAUGGACAUGUUCAGCAAUACUCUCAUUUCCAAUAAUUGCCUAUUGGGGAUCAACCACAGCACAAACAACAACAUCAUCUUCAUCAUCAAAUAAACUUUUAAGUAACGUUUCAAAGUUACAUUUUAGUGAUGGUCGCUGUGAAUUUCCAUCUGAUCCAUAUUAUAUUGUAUUUUCAUCGUUAGUUUCAUUUUAUUUACCGUUAUUCGUUAUGGUAUUCGUUUAUGCUCGAAUAUUUUGCGAAGCUAAUCGUCAAAUGGUUGCACUUCGCUCAGGUUUUAAAUAUACAAACGGUAGUAUAUCCAGUUAUAAAUCAAUAUCAACAAUUAUACCAAAAUUCAGUUUUAAACAAACGGUGGUUGAAAAAAAAAAUCCCGACAAAAACAACAAUACAAAUAAUAAAAGAAAACUGAUAACAUCUCUAAUUCAACAAAAUGAUGAUGAAUUGUAUGAAAAUUAUAAUUUAGUUGAAAAUCAACAACAACAACAACAACAAAAAUCGUCUGAAAUAUUAACGCUUCGAAUACAUCAUGGAAAAUAUCAACCACAAAAAACGAUACCAUCCUCAACUAUUGCUCGAGAACAACAUCAUUCUCAUUUAUUUUCGACUUUAAUAUCAAAUCGUUUCAUACGUACACCAAAAAAUCUUGGUAAAAAAUUUUCAAAAUUUUCUCGUGAUCAAAAAGCGGCAAAAGUAUUAGGAAUUGUCAUGGGUGUAUUUGUUGCAUGUUGGUUACCAUUUUUUGCUUAUCAUAUACUAAGUGGUGUAUUUCUGAUUCGAUCAUCAAAUCAUGAAUUAUUAUUUAAAAUAUUUACAUGGUUAGGUUAUACGAAUUCGGCAUUAAAUUUUCAUGUUUACGUUUUAACAUCGAGAGAAUUUCGUCAAGCAUUUAUUAAAUUAUUAUGUAAACAACGAUUUCAACGUAAACAACAGAGACAAAUUGAUAUUAAACGAUUGAAAUGGAAUAUGACAAGUGUAAAUCCAUCAUAUUCAUUGCCUUCAACGAUUGUUAAUAUUCAUUCUAAUCAACAACAACAACCACAACCACAACAACAACAACAACUAUAUUAG